UUUGUUUUAUUUACAUAUUCGGAUCCAUGUGAUUGUUUAAUUCAAGUUUGGUUAGUUUAUUUUCUUAAAAUGCCAGCCUAUAUUUAUAAUUGUGCUUCCCCUAUGUUACAUUUUUUUAUAAUGAUUGAACGUGUUUUGGCUACUGUUUAUGCUAAAAUUUAUGAAAAUCAAGGCAAAAAGUUUGGUAUUAUCAGUACAAUUAUUGUGUGGGGUAUAACCUUAAUCUAUUGUCUUUACAUUUAUAUUACAACAAGAAUGGACACUAACACAUUUGGUCAUCCAAUGGUUUAUAUUUCAUUAACAAGCAUUUAUAAUUCUCAAGUACUUAUUUAUUCUCCCUUUGUUUUCUUGUUUUUUGGAAUAUGCAUUUCUAUAGCUGAUUAUUUUUUAAUUCUUCGGAAUCGAAAAAUAAAAUCAAAUUUGUAA